CUGGAUAAAAUUGACAACUAAUGAAAUAACUCUGAGGGGGUGUGCGGGGAGGGGGACAGGGACGAGAGGACAGCGACCCCCCAGUUUUGGCCCGGGCAGCCUAUCGAGGGCUUAUCUAGAGGAUGGCUUGGAUACAGAGCUGGAUUGGCAAGGCUUCCACCCUGGGCUAGCCGUAUAUAUAUUCGGCCGCAGCAUGCCACCCUAAACCACUGGCACAGACAGACCUCACCACCAUCAUCAUCAUCACCACCACCACCAUCACAGGAAAGCAUCCCAGAUCAACAUGGCCAGUGACCACCAAAGCCCCGCAACCAAACAACAGCAACCAGCAACCAGUGCCUUCAAGCUGAUCAUCUACGAGCAGGAGAACUUCCAAGGCCGCUGUCAUGAGCUGACCGGACCCUGCAACAACCUGCAGGAGGCAGGAGUGGAGAAAGUUGGCUCAAUACUGGUGCAAUGUGGACCAUGGGUGGGAUACGAACAGCCCAACUGUAAGGGGGAACAGUUUGUGUUUGAGAAGGGGGAGUACCCUCGCUGGGAUGCCUGGACCAACAGUAGACGCAGUGAAAACAUCUUUUCCUUCCGCCCGAUCAAAGUGGACAGCCAGGAGCACAAGAUUGUCCUGUACGAAAACCCCAACUUUGCAGGAAAGAAAAUCGAGAUCAUAGAUGAUGAUGUUCCCAGCUUCCACGCGCACGGUUACCAGGAGAAAGUCUGCUCAGUGCGUGUCCAGUGUGGAACCUGGGUGGGGUACCAAUACCCCGGCUACCGAGGCUUUCAGUACCUGUUUGAGAAGGGGGAGUACAAGGAGAGCUCGGAGUUUGGCGCCCAGCUCCCCCAGAUCCAGUCUGUGCGGCGCAUCCGUGACAUGCAGUGGCAUCAGAGAGGCGCUUUCCAUGUCUCCAGCUGAGCUCCAGAAACCUCACCUCAACACCCCGCCUCCCCCUCUGAGCUCCGCCUCUCCACAACGGCUCACCUCUCCCCUGUCUCUUCUCCAGACAGCAUGCUGAUACCCACUGCCACUGUGUCAGUAAUACCCACUAAAAUAAACAAAUAAAUUCUUGUGCUUCGGAAUUCAAA